GUGGUUGGUUUAACUUUGGAUCUCACCUAUGGUUUUCUUUACUGGCUUGUGCGAGAUAGUCUAUGCUUAAACCUAUACAGAGUUUCUCUUUGCAAAGAAGGUUGUGGUAAUGCCAUCGUCACAGAAUUUGCAGCAUGGAGUACUUCAGAAAUAUCCCAGGGUGCACUGGAAUACUACAGUGGUCGUCUGUUCUGGAUUAAUAGUCUUCAGCUCAUUACAACUCAGGAAGUCAAUCAGAGCCUUAGCAUUCCGUUCUCACAACCAGCAGAGUUUGCAGCCUUUACCCUUGUUCACACAUCACUUAAACCUUUGCCAGGAAAUUUUUCUUUUAUACCAAAAGUGAUUCCGGAUUCGGUGCCAAAGUCUUCCUUCAGGAUUAAAGGAAAUUCUUCAAGUUUUCACGUCACUUGGAGUCCCUGCACAAAUGUGGAAUGGGGAGCUGUCUUUUACUGUGUGGGAUCAAAAGCUCUACAAGUGAGGACUUUGGAGAGUGGACGUUGCCUCCAUCCCCAUAACCUGACAAUGCCAUCCUACCGCAUUGAUUGGCUGGAACCAUUUGCACUCUUUGAUUUUACCGUCACUCCAUACACAUACUGGGGCAAGGCACCAACAACGUCUGUAUCCCUUCGAGCACCUGAAGGAGUUCCUUCACCCCCUACAAACCCUAGAAUAUAUGUGUUACGAAAUAACCUACAUGAAAGUUAUGAGAAGGUCCUUGUGGAGUUCAGGUGGGACAGACCUGAAAAGGAAAACGGAGUAUUAACACUGUUCAAGGUUUACUAUCAACUAUUGAGUCAGAGUGGCACUGCCGACACUUUCACAGAGUGGAACGUGAGCAACGUUAAACCCACUCUGAUGCUCUUUACUCUCAGGGAUGUGCUUCCCAGCCUCACAGUAAGGUUUCAGGUGCAAGCCUUCACCUCUGUGGGUCCAGGACCUUUGUCUGAUAUAGCAGAGAGGAAUUCAUCAGAGCUUUUCCCUGUCCCCACUCUUAUAACUGUUUCUGCCAACAAGUUGUUUCUUACUGACAUAGACAAUAAUCAUACCAUAUGGGAACUUUCAGCAAAGACAAAUGUAAAGGACAUCUGUUAUACUGCUAAUGAUGACAAAGCGUACUAUAUUGUAGAAGAUUCUCUUUUUCUUCUGAAUAUACAGAAUACUUCAAAGUUUCAGUUUUUCAAAGAUGCAUAUCUUUGCAAUGCUACAGCCAUCACAGUUGACUGGAUUGCAAGACAUCUCUUUGUUGCCCUGAAAACAUCCUGGAAUGAAACCCAAAUAUUUGUCAUUGAUCUUGAGCUCAAGAUAAAAUCUCUAAAAGACUUGAACAUACAGUUGAGUAAAAGUAAUUCAACUGUAUCAUCUCUGUUGUCAUAUCCUUUCUUAAGCCGCUUGUACUGGAUGGAAGAGCUUGAUUAUGGCAGCCGCAUGUUUUAUUAUGGUAUUCUGAAUAACACCGUGCACCACAUUUUGGGAUACAUAUCAGUGGAAGAACAGAUGAGGAACUACUGCACCUGUAACGUGGCAGAAGCAGAGCUAGGAAGACCUAUGAGUAUAGAUGUGUCUGACUCCAAGAAUCCCCAGCUGCUCUUUAUCAGAGGAAGAGACGAAAUAUGGGCCUCAGAUGUGGAUGGUUGCCACUGCUGGAGAAUUACCAAAAUACCAAGUUUUCAAGGUAAGAAAAUUGGCAGCUUAACUGUAGAUAAGAAAUUUAUAUACUGGAGCAUUGAAACAAAGGAAUACACUGAAAUUUGGCUAGCAAAUAAAGAAAGCACGAGACACUUUCUUCAGAAGAGAGCAAAUCAUCAGCUGAAAAUCUUAGCCUACAGUUCAGCAGCACAACUGUAUCCAGAUAAAAGAUGCCUGAUUCUAUUGCCAGACAUGGAGAAACCUACUAUCCUUGAUACGACGAACACCAGUUUUACGUUAAGCUUGCCAUCUGUCACACCACAGCAGCUAUGCCCCAGCAUAUUGCAGCCUACACCGACGUAUCUGGUAUUUCUCAGACAAAUGACUAACAACCGCAGGAACUCAAGCUGCUGUUUGUCUGCUCUACAGCAAAAAGCAUUGGAAUUUCAGGGUCCUAUAGCUGUCAUAGACAACCUACAGCCAUUUUCAAGUUAUGUCAUACAAGUUGCAGUGAAAAACUACUAUUCAGAUGAGGAAGUGCUGCCUAUGGGAAAAGAGAUAAUUGGCACAACUCUAUAUGGAGUACCAGAGGCAGUUGAUUCCAUUAAGACGGUGGUUUUGUCUGACACCACUAUCAACAUAUCUUGGAGUGAACCUUUGAAGCCAAAUGGACCUCUAGAAUCCAUCCGCUAUCAAAUCUCUGUCAAUUUAUUACCUCCUGUCCCAGCGACACCCUUGCAAAAAAGUGAAUUUCCAAAUGGGACCCUUGCCUGGUCUGUCAGUGGGCUCCAAUCCAGAACAAACAAUUUAUUCAAGGUUCUUGCUUUUCAUCCUGAUGAGAACUGGUUUUCCGAAAGUGUCCCUGUUAUUGCAAAAACUUUUGAGACUCCACCUGCACCUGUCAACAUAGUUCCCAGAAAUACCAGUUUCCAGCUAGAAUGGAGAGCUCCUCUGCACGUCAAUGAAACCAGCUUCUGGUUUGAGCUGCGUAAGUGGCAAACAGAAACUGACUGGUUUUCUCCUGCAAGCACUACGUGCAGAGCAGAUCUUGUUUACACAUGCAAUCUCACAGGAACUCUUCCUUCAACCAACUAUUUUGUAAGAGUAACAGUAGUUUAUAUUACAGGAGUGAAAAGCACUUCCUCUUCAACAAGCUUUAAAACUACAGCUGGUGUUCCCGGUAAGCCAGGAGUUCCAAAAAGAGCAGAAGAUGCUAAAAACUCUGUACAGUGGGAAAAGGCUGAUGACAAUGGAAGCAACCUGACCUACUACAUCUUAGAAAGCAGGAAGCAGUCUGACAACACCAGCAAAGUGAAGUCCUUGUGGGAGGUGGUUUACAAUGGCUCCUGUGCCAGUAUUUGCACAUGGAAGGCCAAGAACGUAGAAGGAACUUUCCAGUUCAGAGCAGCAGCUGCAAAUGUGCUGGGACUUGGUGAAUACAGUGACACAAGCAAGGAUAUAAUUUUGGGUGAAGAUACUAUGAUCUCCCCAGACACCAUCAUUGUCAUUGCUGCUGUGAUCGGAGUUGUUGUGCUGGGCUUGACUGUGGUCAUGCUAUUUGGUUUUGUAUGGCACCAAAGAUGGAAAUCCAGAAAACAGGCCUUGCCUGGACAGAUAGUGUUUAUCAAGGAAGAUAAAGAAUUAGCUCAACUCAGGGGGAUGGCUGAGACAGUGGGACUAGCCAAUGCCUGUUAUGCUGUAAGCACUCUUCCUUCUCAAGCAGAGAUUGAAUCAUUGCCAGCUUUCCCUCGGGAUAAACUGAACCUUCACAAAUUGUUAGGAAGUGGAGCAUUUGGAGAGGUGUAUGAAGGGACUGCAGUAGAUAUCCUGGCAGAUGGAAGUGGAGAAUCCAAAGUAGCAGUCAAGACUUUGAAGAAAGGUGCGACAGACCACGAGAAGAGUGAAUUCUUGAAGGAGGCAUACUUAAUGAGUAAAUUUGAUCACCCCCACAUUCUGAAGUUACUUGGCGUGUGCCUGUUAAAUGAACCUCAGUACCUUAUACUAGAGCUCAUGGAAGGAGGGGAUCUACUUAGCUAUUUACGAGGAGCCAGAAAGCAAAAGCUCCAGAGUCCCCUACUGACAGUGACUGACCUUUUGGAUAUAUGUUUGGAUAUUUGCAAAGGCUGUGUCUAUUUAGAGAAAAUGCAUUUUAUACACAGGGACCUGGCUGCUCGCAACUGUCUUGUGUCUGAGAAGGAAUAUGAGAGCUCCUCCCGGGUAGUAAAGAUUGGUGAUUUUGGACUUGCCAGAGAUAUCUAUAAAAAUGAUUAUUACAGGAAAAGAGGAGAAGGCCUACUCCCUGUCAGAUGGAUGGCUCCUGAAAGCCUCAUUGAUGGUGUCUUUACAAAUCGCUCUGAUGUCUGGGCUUUUGGAGUCUUAGUAUGGGAAACAUUAACUUUGGGUCAACAGCCAUACCCAGUUUUCUCCAAUACAGAAGUUUUACACCAUGUACGAUCAGGAGGAAGACUGGAAUCUCCAAACAAUUGUCCUGAUGACCUAUGUGAUUUAAUGACAAAGUGCUGGGCCCAAGAACCUCACAACAGACCUACUUUCUCUUACAUUCAGGACAAACUGCAAGAGAUAAGACACUCUUCACUGUCCUUCAUCCACUACCUUGAAGACAAAGAGGCAGCAACUGGAGUAAUCAACCAAGCUUUUGAAGAUAGUGAUGAUGUUCCAUGUGCAGAUUCGGACAGUAUUCUUUCAGCCAUGCUAAUGGAAACAAGGAAUCAAGAGGGCUUAAAUUAUUUGGUAUUAGUCAAAGAAGGCAAUCAAGAUCAAGGAAGCAUCGAUUCUGCUGAAGUUAGUUAA